GGUAUACCUUUGCCGAUGCAGUGUUAUCCUUGAUUGCUUGGUGUGAGGUAGUGUUGCCGGGUGUGGCGUUUCUUGUUUGAAUUGUGUCUUAAGCCAAUUUUAUUCUAAAAUGAGCCAAAAACAUUUAAGCAGAGGAUCCAGACUGCCACCGUUUCCUAAAGGAAAAUUGAGACUCUUUAGUAUGAGAUUUUGCCCGUAUGCACAGAGAGUCCACUUGGUUUUAGAUGCGAAAAGAAUUCCAUACGACGUUGUUAAUGUUGACUUGACGGAAAAGCCCGAUUGGUUGUACGAGAAGAGCCCUUUUGGGAAAGUGCCGGCAAUUGAGCUUGAAAGUGGCGACACACUUUAUGAAAGCUUAAUAAUUUGUGAUUUCCUUGAUGAGAAAUACCCAAGCAGAUCUCUGUAUUCAAGAGACCCACUCAAAAAGGCGAAGGACAAGAUAAUGAUCGAUCAUUUCAAUAAGGUCAUUCAGUCAAUGCUCAAAGUUUAUUACCAUACAGCUAAUUCCAAUCUCAAUGAAGAUCAGUUAGAAGAAUUCUUUCAGGGGCUUGAUUUAUAUGAACGGGAACUAGUUGAGAGAGGGAAACCAUUUUUUGGAGGUGACAGACCUGGAAUGCUCGAUUACAUGAUAUGGCCUUGGUGUGAACGGUCAGAUAUGAUGAAGGUUUUGGGUGGUGACCAAUUUCUUCUACCCAGGGACAGGUUUAAGAGACUGAUGGAAUGGAGGAACCAGAUGAAAGAAGAUGAAGCUGUGAAGGAAAGUUACUUGGAACCGCAAGUACAUGCAAAAUACUUUCAGAGCCGUAAAGCUGGAUAUCCUGAUUAUGAUAUGCUUGUUAGCAAUUGAUGGAAUAUCGUAUCAAAUACAACGGGAACAAGAUGUACUUGAAACACUAGAAAUUUCUUUGGAAUGUGUGCCUUCAGAGUGUUUGUAACUGAUUGAUAUUAAGUUUUAUUUUUAUUUUCUUCAUUAUAGUACAAAUGCAUAUUAAGCUCUUCCCACACUUUGGUGCAGGAAAUUUAAUAAUUUUUUUGUUGUGAUUAAUUUGUUAGGAAGUCCAAUUAAUUUUCAUGGUUUGUAAGAAACAAUUUUGUUCAGAAAUCUGUUAUAUCUGAUGGAGGUGUAUGUAUGGUGCAAUGAAUGUUUUGUGCGAAAUAUGGAGUUUAAUAUGAUUUACUUUAUUUUGUGGGCUUUCUGAAAGUCCAUUAUAGGAAGCAAUCUCACACUUAUGUUCAUGGUGCUUGAAUGUAUAUGGGUGCAUUAUGAAGUGUACAACGAGUCAAUGAUUGUAUUAUUUAGAAUGGUCAGAUUAUUUAUCAUGUUGGCUAUUGUGCCUAAAACUUGUAUCUGCUUUAAAGUUCAAUGCAUUUAAAAAGACUGUAAGAAUUAUUCUAGAACCUCAUUCCAAGCAUAUGUAAAAUGACUGCGUUAUCUUAUUAUUUUUGCGUUUUAAUUUAUAAAAUUUUUCAUUCGAGAGGAAAUAGAUAUAAAUGUUCAUUUGUUAAAGAGAACUAGGUUAUUGAUGUUUAUGUGAUUGGUAUUGAUUUAAAAAUCUUUUGCUUUGUAAGAAGAGCAUUUAACAGUAGUCCAUCAAGGGAAUCCAAAAAAAGUGGAUCCAUAACACAUAAGGAAUGGUUCUACUUUUUGGUGAUAUUUUUGUAACUAAAGAUCAUUUAUGCUAUAUAUGGUGACAUGUGCAUUGCAUGUUGUGAUGUUUUUAGGUGAACUUUCUGUUUAAAAAACUUUUCUACAUGUCUGCAGACUGUACUGGUAUAUAGUAUUAAAUUCUGGCUUCACUGGUUUGCUCUUUCUAUAUACAGGGAGUUUAAGUGGCAACUUCUGUUAUGCUGCAUUUCAUCUGGAUCAACAUUAUUUAUAUUUAACAGUAAAACUGUUGUUGUGAUUGCUUGUGUUGCACAAAAAAUUACUCUGUGUUCAUUGUAGUAAUAUAACAUUCACCAUUGUAGAAACUUUUUUGUGUUUGAGGUGAAAGGAAGACCAUAAUAGUGUUCACAUAUUUACUUACAAUUGAUCUAACUGAUUAAACUACACCUUAUUUUAGUAUGUAAUAUGUUUCUAUCAUGGCAUUAUAACCUUGUUUGUGCCCACUAAUUGUUUAGUCUGCGUAAUUAGAGCUUUUGUCAAUUUGGCUAACUAUCAAUAGUAACACAAUUCUUACUGUAAGUGUUCACAGGUGUGCUGCUUUAACACUGGUGCUUAGAUUGUGAUGUAGUAUUCUUGUAUCCACUGCAUUAUGUGCUUGCUGUGAUAGUAAUUUCACAAGAAGUGUAUGUGCCUGGAAACUAUAUGGUGCUUUGAACUUUUUUUCUUAUUAAUAAAUUUCUUUGUUAAACAGUUGUAAUGUUCUAUGCAAAUUUUCUCUUACUGAGAUUCUGCACACUGCUGUUGCAACUGCAUCUGAGGAACACCAAAAUACUUCCUGUGAUGUAAUGUAUUUACAGACUAAUAUUUAAUUAAAGGUUUUUGUAAUUAUUAAAAAACGAAAA